UAUUGGAUGAGGGCAGGCGUAGUGAGAAAAGCAGGAGUGGAGUAUGCAGCCGCCAUGUUGGAUAAGGGCAGGUGAGGAAUGAAUGAGGUGUCAUGGCUCAGGAUUCAGCCCCGUGUACGGUACGAGCAGCGGUACCACUCCAGGUGGGGGAUGGGAAGACUGAGGGGGGCCGCCCCGGUGUCUACGUCAUCGAAGUCACCUUCCCGAAGCCUCUGACCAUCAACGUAAGUGUACUCGUGUCUGGGGGGGGGGGACACACCCCGGUGAUUGUAUCAGGUCAGGAUCUUCUCUCCCGGCAGAUGCUCUGCGCUACAGACCAUGUCAUCUCCAUCCGCCUCUUCCUGCGCCAGCCGUCCCCGCUCUGGACGACAUUCACCGUGGAGGAUCUGCAGAUCAAUCCUCGGCAGUGGCUGAAUCAUCUCCCCCCGAAGGAGCAACUCCGGAGCCUGAACAAGGCCAUUCCCGAUCCCAACCGCGUGUCCAGCGAGCUGCAGCAGAUGUGGGUGCUGACGGAGGUGAUGCGGUCCAAUCAGAGCUCAGCGAGUGUCGGGAGGUUCGAUGUGGACGGUUGCUAUGACAUCAAUCUUCUGUCCUACACAUGA